UACCUAGGUUUGCUUUGUACAUAAUGUACAUAAAGAAAGUCAUCAUACAAGGUUUUCGCAGCUAUAGAGACCAAACAUGCCCAGAAGAGUUCAGCCCGCAUCAUAACAUAAUAGUUGGGCGCAAUGGUUCUGGAAAAUCGAAUUUCUUCCAGGCUAUACAAUUUGUUCUUUCAGAUGAAUACAGUCACUUGAGUAACCAGGAAAGACAAAACCUUCUUCACGAAGGCACAGGUCCACGCGUUAUUUCGGCUUACGUGGAAAUGAUAUUUGACAACUCUGAUAAUCGGAUUCCUUUCGAUAAAAAUGAAGUCUCUUUACGGAGAAUAAUUGGUAGCAAAAAGGAUCAGUAUUUUCUCGACAAGAAAAUGGUCACGAAAGCUGAUGUUAUGAAUAUGUUGGAAAGCGCUGGGUUUUCUCGUAGUAAUCCGUACUACAUCGUUAAACAAGGAAAGAUUACUCAGUUGGCUACUGCACCUGAUCACCAGAGACUGAAACUGUUGAGAGAGGUUGCGGGAACCAGAGUCUAUGAUGAACGGAAGGAGGAAAGCAAACAAAUAUUUAAAGAGUCAGAAGCCAAACGAGAACAGAUAUCUGAACUCUUAAACAGCAUCGAAGAUCGAUUACGAACCCUUGAAAACGAAACAAAAGAAUUAAAAGAAUAUCAACAUUGGGAUAGAGACAGACGUGCGUUAGAAUUUACCAUAUACGAUAGAGAGUUGAAAGAAACUCGAAAAAAAUUAGAAGAAAUACAAACUCGUCGAGAACAAAGCAGUGAAAGUACAGCUGAAAUUCGGCGAGCUGCCAAAGACUGUGCAGAUGCUAUAGAGAAACUAGAAAGGGAUCUAAGAGACAAUAGAUUGAAAGAAGCUCAGAUGCAAGAUGAAGUCGAGCAAGUCCAAGCAUCUGUAAGUGAUGUUCUUCAACGCCGUGAGCAACUUCAACUCACUAUAGCUGAUUAUUCAGCAACUCUUCGAGGUGGUAAAUCUGCGCGUGAGCGAGCUUCUGAAGAAUUAAAUCGUGUUAGAGAACAAAUAAACCAAGUUGAACGUCGGCUAGCUGAAUUACGACCUCAGUAUAAAAAGGCUAAGCAGUUUGAAGAUGAAUUAGCGAACGCACUUAGUGAUGCUGAACAUCGUAGAAAGGAAUUAUUCGCUAAACAAGGAAGAGUCAAUCAAUUUCAAUCCCGUAGUCAACGUGAUGAAUGGAUUAAAGAUCAAAUGAAAAGUUUAUCAAAAGCUAUAAAAGAUAAAGAAAAUACUAUAAAUAAAUUAACAGAAGAAAUUAAACGUGAUGAUGAAAGACGAGAAAAACUACAACAAGAUUUAGAAGUGGCUGAAGAAAAUAUGACAUGUGUUCGAAAAGAAUUAGAAACGGUAUCUGAGGAACAACGUAGACUUCGUCGUGAAAAAGAUGAAAUUCAAACGGACAGACAAACUGUUUAUCGGGAAGAAACUAGAAUAGCUCACGAACUGAACAAUUUACGUGAUGAGUUGGCCCGUACUGAACAUAAUUUACGAUCGAUUACAGGCAAAGGAAUUUUGAAUGGUUUGGAUUCUGUUCGUAAAGUUGUUGAAAUAUUUCGUGAUCGUUAUGGUCCAGAUUGUGAUAUUGUACAAGGUUAUCAUGGAACAUUGAUAGAAUUAAUUGAUUGUCCAGAAACAUUUUAUACUAGUGUAGAAGUUACAGCUGGUUCACGUCUGUUUUAUCAUGUUGUGCAGAAUGAUAAAUUGGUUAUUCGUAUGAUUGCUGAAAUUAAUAAACAUAAUCUUCCUGGUGAAGUUAAUUUUCUUCCAAUUAAUCGUUUAUGUGUACAAGAAUCUUCAUAUCCAGAGACAAAUGAUGCAAUUCCAAUGAUUUCUCGUUUAAAUUUCGAUGAGAAAUUUCGUGGUGUAAUGUUGCAUAUUUUUGGAAAAACAUUAAUUUGUCGUAGUAUUGAAAUUGCAACUCAAUUGGCUCGAACAAAAAAUUUCGAUUGUAUUACACUUGACGGUGAUCAAGUAUCACGUAAAGGUACACUUACCGGAGGAUAUUACGACAGUCGAUUAUCACGUUUAGAAUUACAGAAACGUAAACAAAAAACUGAAAUUGAAAUUCAAGAGACAGAAAAUGUUCGUGAGAAUAAUGCUAAACGUAAAGAACAAGUUGAUGCACAAAUUAACCGUAUCAUUGACGAUGUACAACGUAAGGAUACAGUAAGAUCAAAACAUGAAAUGACAUUUGAUAAGUUGAAAAAAGAUAUUCAUAUGUGGAAAGAAGAAUUACGUGGCAAACAAGAAACUAAACCACAGAAAGAGUACAAAUUAUCAUCUUUACGUCACGACCUGGAUCAGAUGAAGUACACAAUGGAAUCUUAUAAAGUUGAAUUAGGAACUGAUUUAUUAAGCCAGUUGUCAGUUCAGGAGCAACGUGAAGUUGAUCGUUUAAAUGAUAAAAUUCAAGAAUUAACCAGAGAAGCUAAAGAUGCUUAUAAGAAGAGAAUUACAUUAGAAACCGAAAAGAAUGAAAAAGAAACUCAACUAGAACAUAAUUUAUUAAGAAAACAAGAACAAUUAGAAUCUGAGGUAGCUGAAGCUUCGGAACAAGAUUUACAAGAUCGUUUAACUGAAUCAGAAGAAGAAUUGCGCGAGGUUGAACGUCUUAUUGAAGGUGCUCAGCGUACAGUAGAUGAAGUGGAAACACGUUUAUCUGCUCUAUUACAUGAACAACGUCAACUGGAAUCAGAAAUGGAGCGUAAAAAACAAGAAGAAAAAGAAUACGCUGAACGUAUACAAGAUGAUCAACAGAAUUUAGAAAAAAUGCAGUCCAAACAAAGUCAAUUAUUAAAAAAGAAAGAAGAAAAUAUGAAAAAAAUUCGCGAUUUAGGUUCUUUGCCAGCAAAUACAUUUGAUAAAUUUCAAGAAAAAAAUAUAAAACAACUAUUCAAACUUCUUGAUAAAGCUAAUCGUGAAUUAAAACGUUAUAGUCAUGUGAAUAAAAAGGCUUUAGAUCAAUUUGUAUCACAUUCAGAAGAGAAAGAGAAAUUAUUAAAACGUAAAGAAGAAUUAGAUAAAGGUUGUCAAGCGAUUAAAGAUUUGAUGAAUGCAUUAGAUCAUCAAAAAUAUGAAGCUAUUCAAUUAACAUUUAAACAGGUAUCUAAAAAUUUCCAAGAUAUUUUCAAACGACUUGUACCUGAAGGUCGUGCAGAAUUGGUAAUGAAAAAAGGUGUCCGUCAAGAAGGUGAAGGUAGUAGUGAUGAAGAUGGUGGUGCUGAUAGUAGUGUUAUUCCCGAUGUUGAACGAUUUAUUGGAGUUGGUAUACGUGUUAGUUUCACUGGUGAUUCAGCUGAUAUGCGCGAUAUGAAUCAAUUAUCUGGUGGACAAAAAUCACUAGUUGCUUUAACUUUAAUCUUCGCCAUUCAAAAAUGUGAUCCAGCACCAUUUUAUCUGUUUGAUGAAAUUGAUGCCGCAUUAGAUGCACAAUAUCGUAAAGCUGUUGCUGACAUGAUUAGAGAUUUGAAAUCGGAAGCACAAUUUAUCACUACAACAUUUCGACCUGAAUUAUUAGAAUCAGCUGAAAAAUUCUAUGGUGUAAAAUUUCGUAAUAAAGUUAGUCAUAUUGAAUGCGUAACUAAAGGUGAAGCACUUGAUUUUGUCGAAGAUGAUCAGACACAUGGAUAAUUUCUACAUGAAUAACAGUGAUCAUAACCUUUGUGUUUCAUGUAUACACUGCUUGUUUUUCUCUCUGUCAUCUUCAAGCAUAUGUAGAGGAUAUUUAUCUACCUGUCUUGUAUAUAUCGUCGUCAUCAUCAAAAAUACAUAAGUAAAUCCCUUAAUACUCAUGAAAAUGAGCAAACUAACAAUUAUGACGUUGUUUUGUUAAUAUUGGCAUUUAACGGAACUUCUCCGUAAAAAGUAACGACCAAUUACAGUUGAAUGUAUAUUACCCAUUUGAUCGUUUUUAUAAUAUUUCCACGUAAUAAAUACACACAACAUCCCAUAAACUAAUUAAUUAUUCCCAUCUCUUUAUGUUUGUCUAUUCUAUUCAUCUUUUUCCUGUACUACACUUUGCAUUUAUUUUUUGUUAAACAUUAUUCUGAUAUUUGUUGGUUUGUUUUUUACUCACAUAAAAUAUUUUGUAUACCCUAUAAAUAAUAAUAUUUUGAUAAUGAAUUUUUAGUUAUUGUUUUGACUAGUUUCUAGUUAGUUUUAGUCAGUGAAAUAGUGCUGUAAAUUGUUCAAAGACUUGACUGACUACUACUUCCACUUUGACAGAUUAGUAGUAUUAGUAGUUAUCACUAAGUAAAUGUUAUCUAAAAUCGUAUGCAGAAAUCUGUACUUGAUAAGAGGUGCUUGUAUUCGAAAUUUCAGUAAAGUAAUGCAAAUUCUUGUUCUCUAUUUUUAUUCCUAACGAUUUCAUGCGCUUCAAACUAUAUGAUAGUGAUAUUCCGUUGUUUGGUUAACUAAAUAGUCUUUAAAUGGCAUUAUUUUGUUAAGCUCAACAUCAAUAUGUGCUACUAGGCUGUAAAGAUUCAUUUUCAUUAAGAGGUAACUGGAGAGAAAAAUCAUGUCACUCCGUUAUAUUUACAAACACUUCAAGUGACUAAAACUUGACUAAAGAUAAAUUGUCUACAAUCGGUGAGGUAACUUCUAGACCAAGUGUAUUCGACGGAUCUUGUGUUGUGAUAUUAAUUGCAGGUUCGAAAAUCUAGGUUGAAUGUUGUAACACCAGAAGUUUUAUCAGGCAGUAACCAUGUGCUAAAUACAACAGGCUUUAGAACACCUUUUCCACAGUUGAAUCAUUAUACUUAUGUAAAACCAUAUAAGCCCGUGAUAAUGUGGAUAAGUACUAUUGAAUUCAAAUGGUGACGUUGGGUUCAAUGGUAUGUAUUGAAUCUUAUUGCUUAUGAGAAAAAGGCGAAAUAUUUUUUUGAGUUCGUCCUAAUUUUCAUUAUCAUAAAAUUUAGUAUGGAGAUUAGUUGCUUUGGUUCUGUUAACAUUUUUAAGGUUGAGCCUAGUU